AUGAAAAAAGCAACAAACUCGACAUUAACUCAUGGAGAAAGUCGUUUCCCAAAAGGCCCUCAUUUUCACGAAGAACAAUUUUAUUCUCGUCUCACUCAUAGCGCACUCAAACAAAAUAAAAAUGUCAAAAACGUUAAUUCCCAACGCUUAUGCGUUAAUUAUACUGUGACGAUACACAAAUACAACAAGUCUAUAGGCGAGCUCAAUCCUGAAUUGAAGCAAAUGAUGGACCCUCCCCCGGACAUUCAGAAAAGAUAUUAUUACAAAGAAUACUCUAACCUCAAAUUAGACGUCCACCGAUCUCCAAAACAGAUAGAGCGAUGGAACUGCCUUACUAAAAGUACUCUAAAUCACGAAUAUUAUCACAACAAAAUCACUUCGAUAAUAUUAGACACCAAAUGUGUUCGAACGCCACAUCCUGCGUUAUUUAAACAAAUCCAACAUUUGCCUGAAAAACACAGCGGAUUUGAAAAACGAAAACGACAUAAACGAAGGAUUAAAAACUGGAUACGUCGUAAUCGAAAACGCAACAAAUUGAAAAAACAAUUCCCUCCUUUACCUCCGGGUACACCUGGUGAUCUACGCAUCUACACAUAUUAUAAAAACACUUAUAAUAUUAACCUUUUCGAUUACAAAGUUAGGAAGCGUUUCGAUCCAAAUCCAACAACAACGUCACUUACGCCGUUACGCGAUCUCUCAAGUCUCAACGCGAUAGCGCUAUUAUCAACGACCCUAACUCCUUUUUCCGACGUAUUCCUACACCUGACAACUACUCACAUAGUGCUCAAUUCUACAAAAAAUCCAACACGUAAGAGCGAGAAAAAUUUUUAUUACGAGUCGCACAGACCUGGAGGCGGUUAUGCAACACACCAAAAUAAUAAAGAUUUACAGGACGAAUUACAUGGUACAACGCAAAAUCUGCAAACAACUGAAGUAUUAUAA